AUGGGGAGCGGCGGAGGCGGUUGGGAGCGGGGACGGAUCAAGGACCGUCAGUACCUGCUCGUCCCGGAGGGCACCGACCACCCACCGCAUGCCGCGCUGUCCUCCCCCUCCCCAUCGCCGCCGCACGUCUUCCACCGUAUCCGCGUCGCCGCGUGCGCGCUGCGCGUCCUCCGCAACCUCCAGCCCGCGGCGGCCACCAUCUGGAGCAAGCUUGGCGAUGGCGAGGGGCCGCGGGUGUUGCUCUACUACACGUCGCUUCGCGUCGUCUGCGGGACCUACGAGGACUGUCGUGCCGUGCGCGCCAUCCUGUGGGGGCUCCGCGCUGCCGUCGACGAGCGAGACCUCCCCAUGGACCCGACCUUCCUCCCGGAGCUUGCCGCGCUCCUCCCCCAACGCCGCCACAUGACCCUCCCCUAA